UGAUUCAACUUGGGUGGGCAGACUUAUCAACAGACUAAUUCUAUAAACAAAUGAAGGAAUAACCGAGCACACCAUUGGCUGGUAGGCAGGGGACACGCGGGGAGAGAGAGAGACUCGAGGCUUUCGGCAAUGAAAAUUUAAUUAAUGUGGGUGGGCUGAGGGAACACAACGAGUGUUUAUCAUAGACAAUUUAUUUUCCAGCGCUAAGUCAACAUAAAACAGCAAAACGGACAACAAUUAUUUAACAUUUUAGACUCAUGAAGCGGACACACCGGUGGCGAUCUCCCCAGACUGAAACUGUCCUCCGAAGUCAUGAGUUUAUACCACAGCUCCGUGCCACAGGCUGCAUCGGCUCUCACUCUAUCGAAUUCCUCCCUAAUCUAUGUUUACGGUGGCGAAGUCGGAGGCAUCAUUCCCGCUUUGGGAUUCGCGUCAAGCCGCCAGGAACCUCCGCAGAAACCUCCCUACAGCUACAUCGCGCUCAUCGCCAUGGCGAUCAAAAACUCACCGGACAAGCGAGCGACGCUGAGCGGGAUCUAUCAGUUCAUCAUGGACCGCUUCCCCUAUUACCAUGACAACAAACAGGGCUGGCAGAACUCGAUCCGACACAACCUUUCGCUCAACGACUGCUUCAUCAAAGUGCCCAGAGAAAAGGGACGACCGGGGAAGGGCAGCUACUGGACGCUGGACACCAAAUGCCUCGACAUGUUCGAGAACGGAAACUACCGGCGACGGAAGAGAAAGUGCAGGACUCAGGAGACGGGAGAGACCAAAAUGGGACAUAAGAGAACCCGGGCGCUGAACUCUAAACUUCAUCAAAGCGCCCAUUUGGAGAAAGAAUCACCGCUUAAGGACACAGACAAACGCGAAAAACAUCCCGAAAGAGAUGUAAACAUCCAACCGCAAAAUAACAACGCCUCAGACUCCACGAAAGACUGGUGUUCGGCACCCUCGACCACCGCAGGCACUAACCCAAGAUGCCCGACGCCUGAACAGACCAGUGCGGUGUCUCUAAAUGCGUCUUUAAACGCGAGGGAGACGCCGGUACCCGCGAUGCAUGACACUGGAAACGCGCAAACCGGAGACGCCAAAUCCAAAGAAACAAACGCUCAGACGCACCCACGAAAAACGACAGACAAAUCAAAAGAGUUUAGCAUUGACAGUAUUCUGUCAAAAAAGGAAAACCAGUUCCAACGAAGGUGCGGCGUUGCCGGAGGAGCGCCUGUAACGUGUUUGGAGUCGCGCGGUUACGCGCUCUCGUCCUCGCUGAUCGCACACGCGCACCCACAGCUGUACCCGCGCGGGUUCCCGCUCUGCUCCUACCUGUCUCUCACCUGUCCUGACAAAAUACUGAACUUCAGAGAGAAAACAGAUGAUAAGUUAUUCUUUUGACGACUCUUUUAUUAUCCCAGACUGUAGCAAACAAACUCUUUCUAUGUCUAGAAAGUUUCAGUGAAUUCAGUAUUUUCUGUUUUUUAAUUCUUAAUCGCAACCAAAUCCAGUUUUUAACACAUCUACCCAGAGUUCAGGCUAUGACUAGGCUAUUAUUAUUAUUUCUACUACUAUUAUUGUUGUCGUUAUUAUGGAAUUCAGCAUGGGUGGCCACUCUGAAGAACAGUAUACUGUACAGUAUACUAACAGUAGUUAAUUCUAAUGAUGUGUGUACUAUGAUCAAGAACGCACUCUUUGCAAAUCAUCCUGAGCACAGAUGUCUUUGUAAAAUGAUAAUGUUUAUACAAGCAAGGGUUUUAUAUGUUCCUCUCAACGCUUAUGACAGAUACUUGACAAAUUGCAAUGUGCUGUUGUUCUUGUCCUCUCCUCUACAGCUAUAUAUACACACAAAAACUCAAACUUGAUUUACUGCUUAAAGAUACAUUUGUGGAAUAAGAAGAAAAUCAAUCGGUUUGUACCUUGUAAGAUUUAUACUGAGUAAGAACUUGAUUCUUUAAAUAAACAGUGAGUAUGACUAAAACCUUGUUGAAAUAAACAGCAAUUUUGUACACAAAAGAACCUGAUGUACUAUAUAUAUGAAAAUACUGACCAAAACUCAAACUGAUGUACGUGUAUAAUGUAUAAAUGAAUGAGACCCACAACUACCUGUUGCUAGGACUAUGCAUAUUCCUAAACUGUGAAACUAGUCUACCACAUGUAUUCCUUGCCACCAUAUAUAGCCAUAAGUGGUUUUUGAACUGAAAGGUCUAAGCCUCACUGAGUGCAAAUCAGGAAUGCUUGUGGAAAUAAAUAAGCUUCCCCACAUUCAGGCAGAGGAACUCACAUCCACAAGCAUUUCCUGUGUAUAGGAUUCUUUUGGUCAGAAGUGUAAAUACAACGUCAUCCAUCUGAAGGUUUGUAGAGAGAAAGAGACUACAUCUCUCAAUCUGCUGCCUCCAUCUGUCCUCCUCUUCACAGAUGGGCUCCUUAGAUGGAGCAGUCUGCAGGACACUGCUGGACUGCAGCCCUGAAUUUGCCAUCCAUGAUCAUUAUGAAACAGUGCUAUCUCUAAGGUGAUUAUAAAA